UCUGUCAAAAAAUAGUCAUCAGUAGUCAUUCAAAACAAGAAACAUGCUGAUUCUUGAAUAUCUUGAAUACAACGUGAUAACAGUUUACUUAUUAUAAUAUUGAGUUUUAUAUAAUUAUGCUUUUUUAAAUUAUAGUACCUAUUUGAAAAAUACUUAAAUAUGAGUAUAGUUCCUGACAAUGUGAAUUCGUCAGACACUGAAGAUGAUUGUGUGUUGGAGUCCGUUACUUACGUGGAUCAAAAGUGCCUCGAUAAACAUAAUUUUGAAUAUGUUUACGAAGAAAAUAGUUUGUUUGCAAAAUUUAUUGAAAAAUGUUACGAUGUUGAAAACUCUCGGGGCAUGUCCAAAGUUAUCAAUAAAAUCUUGUUGAAGUGCUACAAUGAAUCGAAUCCGUCCUUUAAAAAAUCAGCAUAUUUUAGGGAAUUGAUAGAAAAGUCAAUUAUUCUCAUUGAAACUGAACCGAAAAAUAAAUUUACUCAUAUAAGCCGCAUCUGUGAUACUCUGCGUUCUUACGCAAUUAGGAAAAGGAUUAAGCCUAUAACAUUAGCAACUAAUAUUGGUGAUAACAAUAAUAAACAAACAUUAAAAAGGAAAAGUUCCCCUGAUAAUAAUUGUAAAAGACCAAAGAUUUUGGUCUCCGAAUCUGAUGAUGUUGUAUUAACCGAGGAGAGCAAUAAAAUAAAUAAUAAUAUAGUGAAUAACAGUGACGGUGAUAAUUCGAAAUUAAAUUUAAGAAGUGUCAGCGAAUCAUUCAAUGGUACAGAGGACAAUAAACUUUUAGUACCAACAAAAGUAUUGGAAGUUAAUGUUAUUCAAGAAUCGCCGCAAGCUGAGAGAAUCAAAAAGAUCGAAAAAGAAAUAGCUCGCUGUAAAUCUGUCAUAGCAAAGCUCGAUGAACUAGAGGUCGACGACGACAGUGUGAACUCACCUUACAUUAGGAGCGAAAAGCUUAAGGCUAAGAUAGUUUCACUGUACCGGGAGCUGUGCGAACUAACCGGGAGCUCACCGGUUAAGAAACGGCAGAUACAUCUCAAGGUCGUGGAAGGUCAUCCCGACGGUCCCGUGAGAUGUUUGGAGGCCUUCCUCAACGAUAACAUAGGCAGUGACGGCGACCCGCCCUUCCCAGAUUUCAGUGAUGUAGUGCAGUGUGUGAGCGAAGCCAACGAAAAAGACAAACUCGGCUGGACGAGACCCGAAAUACUCAGAGAAGCUCGCGUUUUAUUCACACAAUGCGGGCGCGCGCUUCAGAAGCGACGUCAGAAUAGAGAGUGGCAGGACCUCUUGCACAAAGUGAAGCUGGAGCGCUGCGACACGGACCCCGCGGACAGCGAUCCAGCGCUGUUACAGCGCUUAGAGGACAACAGACGGGCCGCUGUCAAGAAGGAAUCGGAGAUACUAGAAAGAUAUACAAUGAUGCAGACAGCGCCAUCUACCGCCGUUUCAAAUCAAACACAGGAUUUCAUUAAAUGUGAUGAAGAUGUUGACAGUUGUAAUGAGACUGAUGUAUCCAGAGAUAUAUCUUCAUGUCAGGAAAAGCCAGAAGAUGGCGACACAUCUACAAGUUUGCAGAACAGCAGAAUAAUUGAUGAUUUAAAUAAAGAUGAGAUCAAAAUAAAGAAGGAGCCAGAAGAAGAGAUAGAGGAGCGUCUUGGAGAGCUCGGCGAUAACUACACUUUGAGCAUCAUUGAGAUUGAAAAUGACCCGCGUGUGAUCAUUGAAAUAUCUGACAGUUCGGGUGAUGAGGGUAGUUGAUGUUUACAAGUGCAUUUUAUCUUUCACUGCCCAUUUAAUAAUGUAAUUUAAAUUUGUACGAAUUCUCGAUGAAUGUUAAGAGCUUUAAACCGUAUUAAAUUGAUUGAUUAUUAUUUUUAAUAACAAAAA